AUGGAUCCAAAAUGGUUUCCUCCCCCAGAUCGUCCGUUCCAGCCUGGGGAUCUCAGCGUGAUCGGAGCAGGAAUCAUUGGCAUCACUACCUUGUUGUUGCCACGAGCACAGCUUCGCAAGAUAAUCCCCAUCUCCCUGAUUUUCUGUAUUAUUUCGAACCUGCGACGGCACACCGCCAGAAGACCCGAAGAGGACUAUCUCAAUGCCGUCAAUGUCUGCCUGAUCUUGUUUCGAUGCAUCGAUUUUGCAGUGUUGCAUGACGCCGAGCAGACAUUCCACCGAGUGAAAUCAGAUGGGACAAUAGAGAACGCGGAGCACAUCGAAAAGAUGACUAUCUGGCAAAAGUUCUGCUGGAGUUUACACCUUUUUACGACAAUGCGUGGAAUUGGUUGGAAUUGGCGCGUCAAGAAUGUUGACGAAGUCCCCAGAGACAUCUCACGCAGUCGAUUCAUUCUAGAGCAGGCUGUCGGAGCCUCAUACUCCCUCCUCUACAUCGAUAUUAACCAGUGGUGUAUGCACCGGACUCGCUGGGGAGAUGGAGCCACACCUGGUCCGGAUCUCUUCAUGAUCCCACUCUGGCAACAGGUUCUUCUGGGAUGGUCUUGUGCCUUCCACAGUGGAUUUUCACUGGCCUUCAGCUACUACCUGGGAGCGGCGAUCGCUGUCGGUUCUGGGCUUUCUACGCCUCAAUCGUGGCCUCCGAUCUUCGGCUCGUUCAUCAAAAAAGGCUACACCUUGAGGAACAUAUGGGGUUAUUGUUGGCAUCAAUUUCUCCGUCGGAUAUUUGAGAAUGUAAACCGCCGUCUUCUGCAGCUGUUGAGCGUCAAAACCGGUACCCUGGCCUCACGGUAUUUGCAGUUAUAUAAUGCAUUCUUUCUGUCAGCUCUUAUUCAUCAUGCUGGUGCCCUCAAUUGUCCCUACUCUUCCCUUGGUUGGUGCCAAUUCUACUUCUUCGUGAUCCAGCCGGUUGCAAUCACAGCUGAAGACAUUGUCGUAUAUCUGGGGAAAAAGGCGGCCGUGAAGGACACAUGGAAAACGAGAACCCUCGGGUACAUUUGGGUCGUCUGUUUCUUGAGUUAUUCCCUGCGAUAUGCAGCCAAAGGCAUUCUGGCUGCUGGGCUGGGCGGUGUCAAACAUCCUGUUGUGGAUAAAUUUAGCAUCGCGGACCGUUUGUUGGGAUAG